UUGGAAGCAUUGAGAUCCGAGUUGUUCAUUCCAUCACAGUAAAAUUCACACCCCAAUCCUCUCUUCUACCAAAUUGUCUCACUCAUAAAGGUGCUAACCAGUAACAACCACCAUUUUGGACAAAACAAGAAAAAGUUGUAAAUCAAAUACAACGUAAGGUCACAUUCAACAAUCUUGGGGUUUUCUCGGGCUUACUACGUUUGAGUGCUUUCACCAAUAGUGACUACCCAUAUAGGAUUUCUGCUAUAAGUGCCAAAUCUACCUUCUGGUCCUUCACCUAGUGAAUAAAAAGCUUAAAACUUUGCAAGCAAUUCUGAGACCCAGUUGCCGGAAGUGACCGUUCCCGGUGAGAUUCCGGCUAAGAAUGGAGGUGGAGAGUGAAAAAUCAGGGUCUGAUGGGAAGGUUUGGAGUUUUUGUAGAAUGCCAUUUUGGCAAACACACACUCCUUCAUCCUCAUCUUCUACAGCUUCUUAUAUGCACAAUGUCCAUCAGCAAAACCAGAGUCUUCAAUCUCUUGAUAGAUCCACUCAUCAGUCUUCGGCCACGGUUUCAUCUGUGGCAAAGUCUCUGCUUCCUACAAGGAGGAGGCUCAGUCUUGAUCCUCCCAACAAGCUCCACUUUCCCUAUGAACCUGGUAAGCAAGUUAAGAGUGCAAUCGCAAUUAAAAACACUUGCAAGUCUCAUGUAGCUUUCAAGUUUCAAACAACUGCACCCAAGAGUUGUUAUAUGCGUCCUCCAGGUGGUAUUCUUGCACCUGGUGAAAGUAUAAUUGCCACUGUAUUUAAGUUUGUGGAGCCACUAGAGAACAAUGAGAGACCAAUUGAUCAAAAAAGCAAGGUUAAGUUUAAAAUCAUGAGCCUAAAAGUGAAAGGGGAAAUGGACUAUGUACCGGAACUGUUUGACGAGCAAAAGGAUCAAGUAGCAGUAGAGCAAAUUCUGCGGGUUAUUUUUCUCGACCCCGAACGCCCUAGUCCUGCCUUGGAAAAGCUUAAAAGGCAGUUGGCUGAGGCUGAGGCUGCACAAGAAGCACGAAAGAAACUCCCAGAGGAGACAGGUCCCCGAGUAGCUGGGAAGGGGCUUGUUUUAGAUGAAUGGAAAGAAAGAAGAGAAAGAUACCUGGCCCAGCAACAGGUUGAAGGUGUUGAUUCAGUGUAAACUGUAAAGUAUUCCUUUCUUUCUUUUUAUUUUUCCCCUUGGGAAAGCCCUUAGUGUUCUCCAACUGUAUGUUCUGAAAUUGAAUUCCUGGGCCACUGAUCUCUCAAAUGUGGUUGAGUGACCUAGAAAAGUGUUAUGAAGAGAUAUUAUGAACUAUGAACAAACCCCCCGGCCCCCCCUCUUCUUCUUUUUUUCAAUAAUGUUUGUGAUGUUAAAUGAGUGUGAAAUAAUACUAUGAUGGGCUGUACUUAAUUGUAUUUUUACGCCAUAUCCUGUAACUUGUAGAUAGCUUGUUUGUUUUAAAUGAAAUUGU